AUGGUUUUACUUGAUCGACUUCCUACCAAGGAUAGACUACUUCGUAUGAGGCUUAUCAAUGAUUGCCAAUGCAUGUUCAGUGGUGAUCCUUGGGAAAAUAGAGACCAUUUAUUUCUUCAUUGUCCUAUGGCUGAUUACUUGUGGAAUUCUAUCUUCUCCCUUUCUGGUCUCCAUUAUAAAGAUCGCUCUUGGGAUUCUUUUCUGGCAUGGGCUUCCGCUACUUGGAAAGGAAAAUCUUUGCUUACUUUCAUAAUGAAAGCUGCUCUUAAUGCCAUGAUUUACAUUAUUUGGGAAGAAAUAAACAAGAAAUUGUUUCAAGGACGUUCCAGAAGUGCACAUGAACUGCUUCAAGUCAUUAAGUACAUAGUUGGUAUCCAACUCAGAGGCAGAAAUUUAAAUACCGUUGACAGUGUUAAUUGUAAUCUUUGUAAGCAUUGGGACAUUGUUUGA